AUGAUUCAAAUAUUCGGAACUGUUUGUUAUGAUAAAGUAAGGAUCAUUGAUGAAUUCCCAAAUUUAAUUGGAAGCUAUACAACGGUUAAUAGCGAAAAAAUGUUUUUGGGUGGGGAAGCUUCAAAUACAUUUAUGUGUUUAAUUAGAUGGCUAAUAGAGAAUAACGAAAAUAAAGAAUCAGUUAAAUUAAUAGCAGAACCAAUAAAGAAAGAUUCUAAUGGUGAAAUUGUAUUAAGUUUUUUAGAACCAUAUAAAGAUAAUGUAACAUACACAUGUUUAAUCGACAAGGAUCAAGAUAAUGAAUUCUUAAAGAAUUCACCAGGUGCAGAUAUCUAUGUAUGUUUAAAAGAGAAAGAAAGAACCAUGUUUGGAAUUGGAUUUGUUGAAGCUGAUCAACUAAUGUAUAAUAUUAAAUCAAAAAUAUUUAACGACUGUUUACAGUUUGGCAACGAACAUUGGAUUGCAUUAGACUACAACACACCAUUCAUUUCGAAAGAGAUUAUAAAGAAAGCUGUUGAAACUAAGACUAACCUAUACAUCAUGGACCAUGAAAUAGACUCUGUAAUCAAAGAGUUGGUCAAUAGCAGUGAUGGAGUGCUGGAAAAUUUAAAAGAAAUGUCAUUGGUCUAUCAAAGUAGCUCUGAUUGGUUCGGUAAUAAAAACGGCGAUAAACAAGUAUUUUUAACUACAAUGAAGGAAUGGUUGCAAUCCAACAAUGGUGCCAACAAAUACUUUUUAUUAAUUUUAACCGACUCUAAAAACGGCUUUGGUGUUGGUGGCACCCUACGUAACUACAAAACUGGUGAAUCUACAUAUAUAGAACCAUACUGGUUUGACCCAGUUCAAAUACCAUCCGAUAAAAUUGUAGAUUCGACUGGUGCCGGUGAUGCUUUUCGUGCUGGUUUAAUAUACUCUUUAAUCUAUAAAAACCAAGCUUUAAACAAAUCAUUACAAUUUGCAUCUGCAUCCGGGGGUCUAAACUGCCUAAGCUAUGGCGGUAACAGUAGAACCCCAACCUUCAAAGAAAUAUUGGAGCUAAUAAAUUCAAAACAAUAA